AUGCCGUCUCCCCCCCCUCAUGGCUUUCUUGGCUAUGACCUCCCUCAUCCGCCACUCCUACAGCUUCCAAAGGCUUACCGAUACCUGCUGAUGUCGCAACCCCAAGUCCUUGAUCUGGGACUGCGAAUACAGGGGGUGGCCUCUCUACGUAUCAUGUGUGCGGAACCCCAAUUUAACCACCCGUCCCCCUUGACACCAUUACCCCCACUGGUUACGAAAGUCCAAACGUGCAUUGACUUCAAGGUCGGCUUGAACAUCGUUCCUGCCGCUGAUGUUGCCGGAAAGAUUUUUGUGUCGAUCGGCGAAUUGGUUGUUCCUUUCCCUGAUGUAAUUGAGGUCGGUUUCGGAGGCUGCAAAGCCACAUUCGCUCAGUGA